AUGCAAUGUCCACGUCGGGGCGCCUCGUUUAAUUUAGCAGGCAUUGUGGAGCAUCUAAUAAAUAAAAUUGACCUACUGAAAUCCUAUAAACAGUACAAAGGUGGUCUAAUCGCACAAUUCAGGAUGGAAGUUAAGCCGAAAGCUAAGGCUUCUGGAUGUUUUUUUUUACAAGACAUAAUACCGGCUAGUUACAUUCAGUAUACGUGCUAUCUGCAACUCUCUUCCGUUGCAAUAACGUGGACUCACUGGGCGAAUGGUUAUAACUUCUCCCCGCUUAAUGCGUAUGGCAUGCCAGACACCUACAUUCUGCAAAAUGUGUCGGCAAAAAUCAUUAUCGAUUUUUCUUACUGGGAAAACGAAGAUGCCCGGCCAAACACUAUUCAACUGUCCGAUGUCAAACUGUAUGAUAUUGCAGAUAGUGGAUUCGUUGGAAUUUAUGAAAAUAUGCAUUGGAGGAUGGCCCGUGACAGUGAAAUCAAUGAGUUUGUGAGGAAAGCAUUUAAUCAGUUGAAGACUCUGUUUUGCUAUCAGUGA